UUAAGUGUAUUUUGCUAGUUAAAAUUUUCCUUUUUACGCGAUUGUAGGUACCUAAAAUAUUACAAAACUAGACAAAAAUGUUGCUCUAUUAAAAAUGAGUAAUAAAAAAAUAAUAACAUUUAAUAUCGUGUUAACUGUGUUAUAUGAAUGAAAAAAUAUUUUUUUUCCAACACAGUACAGUAAAUAGUGAUUGGUAAAUAGAGAUGGGCGAACAUUUAGAAAAUAGACAUGUCUCUGACUUGACCAAUUUUUUCGAAAAUUUGCAGAGAACAAAUCAUUCAGUAUCUGCCAUGCCUCUAACAUCAGACAGUACGGACUCUAUCAGUACAAUGAAAACUGUAAAAGAAAUGGCAAAACAUUUUGAAAAUAGUACCUCGGAAAAUGUAUUGAACUUUUCAAAUGUCCAAAAACUGCAAAAUAGUCAAAUAAUAAGAGGGAAAUCGCAAUAUAAAGCAUCAAAAAGUAAAGAACUCAAAGCAGGAGAUCAAGUUGAAGUAAAAUCUUGUAAAUUCAACAACAAAAUUUCAGAAUACGUAUGUGAUAAAAAUAUAUCUGCAACUUCGUUGAUAAGAAAUCUAGCAACUAAUACGGAACGUAGCAAAACUAUUACAGCAGGUGAAAAUUCACAAAAGAAAAGCAAACAAUUUAUGUCUAGUGGUAUAAAAAUUAGCGAAAAAAUCAAUAAAAAAGACGGACUAUUUCGUAGUAGUGAACCAAUUCAAAAAGUAAGUCCUAAAAAUACAAAAGGAGAUGAGCUUGAAGAAAUUCGUAAAAAUCUGUUAUCCUAUAUGGAUAAAAUCAAUGAAAUGAUGCAAAAUGAUGGGUAUAAUAUUGAUAGUGGCAAUAAUGAGAUUGUAAUAUGUGUCAAAGAUAAACCAGAAAUUAUCGACAAGCAAGACAUAGGAGUUCUCGAAGAAGCUUGUAACUUUAGCAUAUUUGAAAAUAAAAAUGCACUGAUAGAAAACUAUACAGAAGAAGAAAAAACAAAUUUUAGGUAAUGAUUUGUUGAAUGCCACUGCAGUCACGAGUACAGGUGAUAUUGACAAUAUUGACAGAACCAGUAGCGAAAG